CAGCGGUGCGAACACCAGUGUCGGGCACAUGGGGCUGUAUGGUGGGCAUUUUAAUGGUGGCCACAGUGACAAAGGAGGGGGGUGAUCUCUAUCAUCCGUUGUAGAGCACUCACUGCACACUAGGUGCUGUACAGACAGCAGAGAAACCACAGUCCCUGCACUGAGAGGCUUACAGUCUAAGCAGGCUGCACCUCAGCACCGGGUGAGAUGCAACCAAAGCAGGGCAAGGCAAUGGGGGCAUCUGGCACGUAACAUCUUAGUUUUGUGGCUGUGCACUGGGACCCUGCCUUUGCGGCUCUGAAAUAAGUCACUUCGCCAGCCUCUUUCUGCCCACCCCCUUGAAAAAAGGGAAACCACAGCGUGGGCCGGCCGCCUUCCAUCCGGUGGCUCUUGCAGGGCUUGGCGACUGCAGCUGUCUGAGGAGAACUUCCUGCCACCUGCAGGGGAAGGACCUGUCUACCCCUGUUUGUAAUGGGGUCCAUCCAGCGCUCAGCCACUUUGCUUCUCUUCGUCCUCGGCCUCUGCGUUGGCCAGAGAGUAGUGCUGGUUCAGGAAGGACGUCUUUACCGGGCUAGAGGUUAUAACAUCACCAUCUGGUGCAAUGUCAGUGGCUACCAGGGGCCCUCGCAGCAGAAUUUCCAGUGGUCCAUUUACCUGCCAUCUGCCCCAGAGCGGGAAGUGCCGAUUAUCAGCACCAUGGAUCCCUCCUUCCCUUACGCCAUCUACACCCAGCGUGUGCGGAGUGGGGAGAUCUACGUAGAGAGGGUACAGGGAGACUCUGCCCUGCUGCACAUCACAGGGCUCCAGGACCAGGACGCCGGCGAGUACGAGUGCCAUACACCCACUACCGACGAGAAGUACUUGGGGAGUUACAGCGCCAAGAUGAACCUCUCAGUGAUCCCCGACACUCUCACCGCCACCAUGAUACCGCAGGCCUUCACCCUAGUGGAAGGAGAUCAGCUAGAGCUCACCUGUGAGGUGUCAAAAUCCACAGCUCAACACACCCACCUUUCUGUUGCCUGGUACCAUCUCCAGGGGUCAGGAGAUGCUCAGGCCAUGGUGAUCCUUUCCCUGUCCAAGGAUUUCAUCUUGACUCCGGGCUCCUCCUACACGCAGAGGUUUUUGUCAGAUGUCCGGCUGGACAAGGUUGGGGACACCACAUACAAGCUGUCUAUUGGCAAAGUGCAGCCCUCUGACCAGGGCCAAGUGUACUGUGAGGCGGUUGAGUGGAUUCAGGAUCCUGGUGGGCCUUGGAAAGAUAUAACUCGUAAACAAACGGAAAAGACAUUGCUGAUUGUCAGGAGCCGAGACAGAGAUUUCCAAGCUAAUAUUGCUGCUGUUGAAAGUUCCCUUGCAGAAGGGAAGCCCUUGCAGGUAAAUUGCUGUGUGAAAGCCCAGAAUAGCCAGAACCGAUGGUUCCAAGUGGUUUGGCUCUUCAAAGGAGUAGAAGUAGCCAGGAUUGACCCACAUGGGGUACUGGCCUUGAAGGAGUAUGAAGAGAGAGCUGCCUUGGGACAGCUCCAAGUGGUGAAGAAAAGCAAUGAGAUGUAUAUCCUCAAAGUAUACCAGGUGGGGCUGAAAGACAAAGGCACAUACAGCUGUGAGGUUUCAGAAAUGGAGAAGACUUCCACAGGUUUUUCCACCAUCCAGUCCAAGAUGUCGUCAGGCAUUGAUGUCAACGUGAAGCCAAUAGAAAGCCACAUGCAAGUGUCUGUGCUCAGCAGCGAAAGGCAGAUAGUGGAAGGAGACACCUUGAUCCUUCACUGUGAGGUGAGUGGAGCGACAAGCCCAUUCUCGGUGAAUUGGUGGCAUCUGCAAAAGAGCGGAGAUCAACCGGAGCACAUAGUUGGGAUGGAACGGGAUGGCAUGCUGAGGCCGGGCCCCUCCUACCAGGAACGCAGCGCUAAUAGGGACCUCCGACUAGAGAAGAUUAAUUCUACCACGUUCACCCUGGCGAUCUACAACACUUCAGCCACCAAUGAUGGAGGGUCUUACAAAUGUGAAGUGACCGAGUGGUCCAUGGACAGGAGCUGGAAACAGGCACAGGAAACAUCAGUAGCCAUUAGCCCUCUCAGUUUGGAUUUGAGAGCCACACUGAUAAGCCGAACAGCAAAUGUCAAAUUUACUCAGGAUUUUGAACUGUUCUGCCAGGUCUCUGCCCCCUAUCUCAUCACCCAAGUGCCAGUAUCGGUAACUUGGCAAUUCCAGCCCAUCCUACAGACUAGUGGCUAUCAACAGCUGAUCAAAAUCAUGCCCAGUGGCACUAUCGAGUGGGGGACUGCCCAACCUCACUUUCAGAGGAAGACCAGAGUCACACAAGCUGCAUCUUCCUCCCAACUUCUAAUCCACAGUGCCACAGAGCAGGAUGCAGGCAGGUACAGGUGUGAGGUGGAGGUCUGGAGGAGAAGCUCCCAGCAAGCACGACACCCAGCUAUGGCAGCAGCUGCUGCUGUGAAGUCUAACAUUGUGGAGAUAAAGGUCAAUCCACCAGAGAGCAAGCUAAGAGUAAACACAGAAGAUAGAUCCCUGGAGAUCUCUGGUAGCGCAGACACAGAAAUCGAAUGCAGUGUCACAUCACUGACCCAGAGGGAUUCUCAGUUAGCCAUUACCUGGUACUUCCUACCGCCUUCUCCAGCUGAUGCAGCCCCAUUGCAAAUCGUGAGGACCAACUACAGCAACAUCCUGGACUACGGGGCAGAGUUCAGCUCUGCUAUGCAGAAAUCUAAAUUCCACAGUGAGAGGGUCUCCAGCAACCUGUUCUGGCUGCGUAUUCUGUCUGUGAAUCACAGUGACCGGGGCAGGUAUUACUGCCUGGUAGAGGAGUGGCUGUGGUCAGCAGACCGUGGCUGGUACAAACUUGGAAAGAAGGAAUCAGGAAAGACCACGGUGGAGUUCAAGGUUUCAGAAAACAAGCUCCAUGUUGAAAAAACAAACCACAGCAUCACAGCCACUGAGAAUGAGGAUGUGACCAUGAGCUGCCUCCUGCAGGGCCCCUCCCAACCAGCUUCUCUCUUCUCUGCCGUCUGGUUCCAUGGUAUGGAGCAUUCUGGGAUGAAAACUCUGGUGAAAGUGCACUCCAGUGGCAUGGUGGAAUAUGCUGAGAAGGAGAUAGUGGAGAGGCUGCACCUUCGCCGCCCAUCCGUCGGUGACUUCAGCCUGACGCUGCGGAGUGUGGAGCCGGGCGACGCUGGGGUGUACUGCUGCCAGGUGCAGGAGUGGCAGCAGGACAGCGGUGGCGCUUGGGUUCAACGGGCGUCAGAACUGUCAGGGUACACGACGCUCACUGCGCUGCCUCCAGAGUCAACAAUUUCUUCCAGGAUCUGUUCGUCUCCAUCACUGCUCCACUUCAUCCUAAUCUACCCCCUGAUUCUGUUCCUUGGCCUGAUAGCUGCUCUCCUCUACUUGUAUGUCAAGAACAGGCAAACCCACAAGGAAUCGAUCUAUCAAAGGAAAGGAAAAGAGCUGUGGGUGGAUUUGAAAGGGGCUGGAGAUGUUGAGCCCACUUAUUCUGACCAUAAUAAUCUGGAGGAAGAGAUGAAUAAUCUGAAGGAGGAAAAGAUGAACUGAAUGCUUGGGCGGCAUGGGGGCGGGGGGAACAGCACUGUGUGCUGCUGUUCAGCAUCAUAUGCUCUGAACCUUGAAAAUGUGCAUUUUCCUUCAGUCUCCUUAAUGCGGCAAAGUAAGAAAGUGAUAGGAGACAGAUUGGAUGGCUAAGGUAAUUGGGACUGGAGCUUUCUUGCCUCUCUACUUGCACAGGUGCCUAUGUGGCUCUCCUCCCACAAUGGUAGUUUCGGAGGCCUUCAUAAUAUUAAUCAAUUUAUCCUUACAAAAGCCCUGUGAAAAAGGAAAGUACUAUGCCCAUUUUACAGAUGGAGCGUUGAGACACUGAGAGAUCAAGGCUGAGAUUUCAAAGGGAUUUGGACAUCUAAUUCCUGUUAACUUUAAUGGGAAUAAGGCAUCUAAAUUCAAGAUGCGACUUUGAAAAUCUCAGCCUAAGGGACUUGACCAAGGUCCAACAGGAGGGCUGUGGUAGAGCUGCGACCUGAAACCACAUCUCCCAAGUCCUAGUCCAGUGCCUUAGCCAUCAGACCAACUUUCAUCUUACAUCGGCUGGCUCUGGUGCAGCGGUCAGUGGCUAGUGGCUAAAAGUCAUUACCAACUACUUCCUCUUGAAUGGUCUAUGAAAGAUGAAUUGGUGGAUCUUAAUCCAGUUCUCAGGGGAAAGGAGUCCUCACAUCAAUAAUCACAACUCCAGCCGGCACCAGUUGGCCUCCUUGUUGGCAAUCAUAUCUGAGUGGGCCUUGGAGACUGGACUCCCCUCCCCUUUCAGAGAGUGGUCCCUCCAGGUCAGGAGAGAGGCACAGUGGCAGACCAGUGGGGAUGGGAGGGAGGGGAAUCUAGAGUAGUUCCUAUUUUUGGGCCUCCAAAGUGCAUAAAUAGAGGCCUUCACCCUCCAACGCUGUCCAUCUAGUGUAUUUCACCAGCAUUAAAUUCACUCCAAAAACGUAAAUGUAAAAAGCCCCUCUAUUUCCCAUCCCAGCCCACC